CAUAAUUUAGCUACUACCCCUACCCCCGCGCAUUGGUUCCGUUCCAUCCCAAGCUAACACAGGCAUCGUAUAUAUGGCGGGCGACGACGGGGCGGACGCGUCGGAGCGGCUGGAGAGCAUCCUGACGGCGGAGGCGGCGGCGUCGCCGUGGGCCGCGGCCGCCAUCGAGCUGCGGCUGCUGACGCGGCUGGCGGCGCCCGCGGUGGUGAUGUACAUGAUCAACUACCUCAUGUCCAUGUCCACGCAGAUCUUCUCGGGCCACCUCGGCAACCUGGAGCUCGCCGCCGCGUCGCUCGGCAACGCCGGCGUCCAGAUGUUCGCCUACGGCCUAAUGGUCGGCACUGUCCUUAAAAUACAGCAAGCCAGGCCCAGGCGAGAUACUUCGGCGAGCGUACUCUCACGUGCAUGCAGCGGCACAAAUUCUUUUUACGUUGUUUUUAUUAUAUCUUCUAAUUAAAAAAAUUUAAUUAUUAAACCGAUUCUAUGUUUGUGUUUAUAUACCAUUAAUGCUAUAUAAUAUUUGAAAAAUUAUUUAUGUACAUUCUCUAUUACACGUCUUUGUGCAAACAACCAAAUAAAGUAUAUGUCACGUUUGCACGAGUAUGUACAAGUAACCUAAAUAAAUUUACUCUAGUUCUAUCAAUACUUAGUAGACUCGUGCGGGUCUAGCUCAACCAAACACAUCCGCAUGUGAUUCCUACCGAGCAAUCUAGGGGAUGCUGGUGGGUCGUGACGUCGGGAGGGGGGGGGAACGAAAUUGAAGGUGACCAGACAAGAAAAUGGACAAAAAUCGUCCAAUAGUAUGGCAUUUUAAUUUUUCAGCCGGAGAGAUACGGUGACAAGAUCCUAGAGUUUUCUAAAAUUUAAAUCAACGAAAUAUUUUUUCACAAAUAAAGUUUCUUUUUUCAAAAAAUACGGAAACAAAAAAAUCUGGGCCGUUCCAGUGCAUAGAUGGGCCUGCAGAAUUGUUUUUUUAUUACAACAGGCCUGCAUCACUGUUGACUCUAGUCUUGGUCAGGUAAGCCGUUCGCACAUAUGGGCCUUAUUCACAGUAUCAUAAAUCGGCCCAGGUCUAUUUGAAUUCGCUUCUUGUUGUCAUUCACGGUUUCCGCCAAAACGAAGAGCAAGGUGUUCAUAUAUUUUUGGUUGCUUCCGCAGCUGGGCAUGGGCAGCGCGGUGGAGACACUGUGCGGGCAGGCCUACGGCGCCCACAAGUACGAGAUGCUGGGCAUCUACCUGCAGCGCUCGGCCGUGCUUCUGUGCGUCACGGGCGUUCCGCUGGCCGUCAUCUACGCCUUCUCGGAGCCAAUCCUGGUGUUCCUGGGUCAGUCGCCGGAGAUCGCCCGCGCCGCGUCCGUCUUCGUGUACGGCCUCAUCCCGCAGAUCUUCGCGUACGCCAUCAACUUCCCCAUCCAGAAGUUCAUGCAGGCGCAGAGCAUCGUGCUCCCGAGCGCCUACAUCUCCACCGUCACGCUGGUGCUGCACGUGGUACUCAGCUGGGUCGUCGUCUACAAGGUCGGCCUGGGCCUGCUGGGGGCCUCCCUGCUGCUCAGCCUCAGCUGGUGGGUUAUCGUCGCCGCCCAGUUCGCGUACAUCGUGAUGAGCCCCAGGUGCCGCCACACCUGGACCGGGUUCACCUGGCAGGCAUUCUCGGGCCUGUGGGGCUUCUUCAAGCUCUCCGCCGCGUCCGCGGUCAUGCUUUGCCUUGAGACCUGGUACUACCAGGUCCUGGUGCUCAUUGCCGGGUUGCUCCCCAACCCUGAGCUUGCAUUGGAUGCCUUGUCCGUAUGCAUGACUGUCAAUGCGUGGGUGUUCAUGAUCGCAGUGGGAUUCAAUGCUGCCGCUAGUGUGAGAGUGAGCAAUGAGCUUGGUGCCGGCCACCCAAAAUCUGCCUACUUCUCAGUGUGGGUAGUGACCGGGGUCUCUACGCUGAUAUCUCUGGUGCUUGCCAUUGUGAUCCUCUGCCUGCGCAACUACAUCAGCUACAUCUUCACGGAGGGUGAGGUGGUGUCAAACGCGGUGGCAGAUCUCUGCCCACUGCUUGCCAUCACGCUCGUCCUCAACGGCAUCCAACCUGUUCUCUCAGGUGUCGCCGUUGGGUGUGGGUGGCAAGAAUUCGUAGCCUACGUGAACGUUGGCUGCUACUACAUAGUUGGUGUUCCCCUCGGCGCCAUCCUCGGUUUUGUCUUCAAGCUCGGUGUAAAGGGCAUUUGGAGUGGUAUGAUUGGAGGAACUUUCAUGCAGACGGCUAUUCUAGUGUGGGCCACCUUGAGAACUGAUUGGAACAAAGAGGUAGAGGAAGCACAGAAAAGGUUAAAUAAAUGGGCGGAUUCGAAGACGACAGAGCCCCUUCUUGUUGGUUUCGGCGAUGGCAACUAAUUUACUGCAAGGGUGGAUGGAUGGAUCCACAUCAUCCUCUGGCUUCACCAUCGUCACCAUCAGGAAUCUACGAAGGAUCAGAAGAGACGACGGAGCCCCUUCUUGCCGGCGUUGGCGAUGGCAAUUAAUUUACUGGAUGGAUGAAUGGAUCCACAUUAUUCUCUGGAUGGCUUCACCAUUGUCACCAUCAGGAUUGCUAAUAAAUCAUGCGGAGGGUUAUUUUAGCCAGUACCAAACGUAUUUCGAGGACUCUAUAUUUCAAUUUAAUAAAUAUGUACCAUUUAUAAUGAAUAAGAUGAGAUUCUUCGUCAUUA